CCUGAGAUCGUGUCUGUGGGUGGCGGCGGUUGCUUUCUUUUUCUUUUUGAUGCUGUACAUAGCUUAAUACUUUACAUUCGUUUUAUUGAGUUAAAAUGACGACUAUCAAAAACAAUGCGCAGCAGCGUCUGCAGCAGACUCUCUCUCAUGUGCAGGCACCUACUACGCCCACUCAGCUGUCGAUUGUGCAGGGCCCAACAGAGCCUGGUCUUUUGAACAUCACUCUGGGCCAGCUUCUGACUCUGCAGAGUCUGCAAUACGGUGACUAUGAGUGUCUGGUGUUCCCCUGGACCGGUGCCCGUUGGACCUACGCCGAUCUGAAAGAUGAAGCCGAUCGGGUCGCUCGAGGCCUCCUGGCGAUGGGUAUCCAGAAAGGCGACCGGAUUGGCAUCAUGGCUGGAAACUGCGAGCAGUACAUCUCCAUCUUCUUUGCUGCUGCUCGUGUUGGAGCCAUCCUGGUGGUGCUCAACAACACCUACACCCCCUCGGAGCUAUACUACGCUCUGGACCAUACAGAUUGCCGAGCAUUAUUCAUGACACCUCGCAUUGGCCGACACUCGCUGGAAGAGGUGCUGGCGACGUUGGGCCCGUAUCCCAAGCGGCAAGGAUCAUCCAAGGCGCUGGAAGAGAUCGUCGUGCUGCGGGGGGAAUACCAGGCCUUUGGGACGUACAGCGGCGUGAUUCAGCGCGGGGUGUCAGUCCCUAGUGAUGCGCUUCACCAACGAGAAACGCAAUUGAGCCCUGACGACGUGUGCAAUCUGCAGUUCACCAGUGGUUCGACAGGUAAUCCUAAGGCAGCCAUGUUGACCCAUCACAACCUGGUCAACAACUCCUGCUUCAUCGGCGAUCGCAUGAACCUCAGUUCCUUCGACAUCCUCUGCUGCCCUCCCCCUCUCUUCCACUGCUUCGGGCUCGUCCUAGGCAUGCUGGCCGUCGUGACCCACGGCGCGAAGAUCGUCUUCCCCAGCGAAACCUUCGACCCCAAAGCCGUGCUGCACGCCAUAUCCGACGAGAAAUGCACCGCUCUCCACGGCGUGCCCACCAUGUUCGAGGCGAUCCUGGCCGUCCCCAAACCAGGCGCCUUUGACACCUCCAAUCUCCGCACGGGUAUCAUCGCCGGCGCCCCGGUGCCGCGGCCGCUGAUGAAGCGUUUAUUCGAGGAGUUGAACAUGACUCAGUACACGAGUAGUUAUGGCCUCACAGAAGCAUCCCCUACAUGCUUCAACGCCCUUACGACCGACUCGAUCGAAACUCGCCUCCGAACAGUCGGCAAGGUGAUGCCUCACGCCCGCGCAAAAAUCGUCGACGCAAAAGGAAAUAUCGUCCCAGUCGGUCAGCGCGGGGAACUCUGCAUGUCUGGAUACCAGCUGAGCAAGGGAUACUGGAAUAACCCCGAGAAGACGGCAGAGACACUCGAGACCGACGCAGAGGGCGUGACCUGGUUGAAGACGGGCGAUGAAGCCUUGUUUAAUGAGGAGGGUUACUGUACAAUCACCGGUCGUUUCAAGGAUAUCAUCAUUCGAGGCGGCGAAAACAUCUACCCCCUCGAAAUCGAAGAACGACUAGCCGCACACCCCGCGAUCGAAGUCGCCUCCGUAAUCGGUAUCCCCGACCACAAAUACGGCGAAGUAGUCGGCGCCUUCAUCGCCCUAGCAGACACCACGCAUGCCAAUGCACGCCCUUCCGACGAAGAACUGCGCAACUGGACGCGCGAGACACUGGGGCGACACAAGGCACCGCAGCAUUUCUUCGUGUUUGGCGAGGAGGGCGUGGAUCGGACAAUUCCCGUUACGGGGAGCGGCAAAGUCCGGAAGGUGGAUCUGCGGAAGACGGCGGCGAGGGUCUUGGAGGGGAGGAAGUAACUACAUGAUAAAACGUUUGUUGUAUAUAGUAAUACCCUUUUGCGAUCAAUACAG